AUACCCAAUACCCAUAGCCCAUUACCCGUAGUCCAUAACCCCUUUCUAAAUUCUCCCAUAGGAAGAAGCAAAGCAAGCCUAACCGUCAAAAGGGGGGAAAUCCUUUCCUCCCUAGUCCCCCACGCCAAACAAUGGGAAACAACACUUCGUCAACCUCGAAGCCGGCUACCCCCACCACUGCCUCGUCUUCGUCGCACGACUCUCCCAGAGCUUCCAAGAACCAACCCAAGAACCUGGUAUCGAUCCAUAAUAACCAUCACAUUAGGUCACCAGCCUCUCCCGAAGCCUCGACCAUCCAGGCAACCGGUACUUCGAUACUUAACAAGAAUUCGAGACCGCUCUCCAUACUUAACUCAUCCUCACCUUCAGCUAGCUCUUACCACUCUUCCGCUAUUCCCCCAAAGGUUGCCGAGCAGAAGCCGAAGCCUGCCGAGAUUAAAGAUGAACCCUCCAACCCUGUAGCCGUCCCCUUCUCCUCUUCCCAUUCGGAACAGGACUCGUCUUACGUCCACGAUUUCCAGUACGAGGAAAGCGUGAUAUCAGGCCCUACAUCCAGCAGCAUCCCGGAUAUGUCCUAUCAUAACCCUCGGCCGCCGCGCCUACCACUCCCGAUAGAGGAAGAGAUCCAUACUCCCGGGUCGCCGAUCAUUGCGCCAAGUGAUGCCGACGUUGAGGACGCCGACGACGUCGCAUCGCUCGACGAUUCGGCUAGUUUACCUCGCCGUGCAUCAGGACUUAGCAAUGCGACUGACGAGGAUGACACCGAAGAACUUCGAGUCGACAAGACGAGACCCACGAUACCAACCCGUAUCGAGUGGUCGCGAGGUGGCCAGAAGGUCUACGUUACAGGAACGCCGUUCCAAUGGAGUAGGAAACAGCGAUUACUUCCAUCUAAGGACAGGGAGGGUGUGCUGGAGACGGUGAUACCCGUUUUCCCGGGCACUCACCAUAUAAAAUUCUUAGUCGAUGGCAAUAUGCAGACGUCACCAGACCUGCCUACCACUGUCGAUUUUGGAAACAAUCUGGUAAACUAUAUUGAAGUGAGCGGAGACGAUAGCGACUCGCGGAACGUCCCGUUAGAUGUUGGCGUUCCCAAGUCGAACGAAGCUGCCUUAUCUCUCCCUUCCAGGCAGCCCUCGCACGACGACGCUCUUAGGGGCCCCCAGCAGAAGGUCAUCGAUCCAAUUGAGAAGUUCUCCGCGAAGAUCCCUCAAUACCUAGAGGAUUUUGACCAACCCGAAGAUUCUUCUUCAUAUAGACUUUCCUCCUUAGCCCUCGAACGACUCCCACCACCCCCUAGCCUCCCUGGUUUCUUGAGUAAGCCAAUUAUGAACAAUGUCACCCUGAUCAAGGAUGAUAAUAGCGUCUUGAAUAUGCCAAACCAUACCGUGCUUAAUCACCUGGCUACUUGUAGUAUUAAGAACAAUGUUCUUGCCGUAUCGGCCACUACUAGGUACCAGAAUAAGUACGUGACUACAAUUAUUUACAAGGCCACGAAGAACGAAUAAGCUUCUCCCUUGGUCGUGGUAGAAGCAUUAGAUUGUGUCGGAUGUCCCUGGGAUACGUCACGUUUCCUAUCGUACGGGAGUUUAUUUUAAUGAAGGCGACAUGGCCCCUUUUCAUGGGCAUACGACUGGGACCGAGAAUAAGUCCUAGGAAUAUGCUAUGCUUAGAACACGGCUCCGAAUGCUGGAGUGAGGCACACAUCGGUGCUAGGUGUUUUGCAUUAGCAAGGGGAGAG